GCUGCAACGCCCCCUCAGCCUGUUGGGUACCGCCCACAAAGUUACUCAGCCAGGUGACAGCUGAGCCAGCAGGGACUCAACUCAACACAGCAUAACGACAUCUGUCUGCAACAGAUCAGAGGGGAAGACACCCAGACUUCAACCCCAUUGUUGCUUUUACUUACAGUUAUUACAUGUACUUAAUUUGAAAGCCUCUCUUCCGCUCGUUGUUGGAACGAGUAGUUAGCUAGCAGCGCGAGGACGUCGUUGACGUUAGCUUCUCUGACGUCACUACCAGAGGGCAUUGGACGGUGGUUGUAUCUCUGACAAGAGACACCUUCAACAUGUCGGAUCCGGCCGUGGAGCUGAAGCUGGAGGUGAAACAGGCCAGCAAAGAGGUGAAAGAGAGCGAAAACGUGGCGGAAAAAUAUUCAGCAAUGACCGUAAGCAAGAAUAGCGAAAUUACCAUGGGAGAGCUGUCGUCCGCCGCCAGUGCGGUGCCCACUCACAAACCAGUUAAAAAGCAAAUCCAGUUUGUGGAGGACAAGCAGGAGUUCAGCAGGUUCCCCACCAAGGCCGGCCGUCGCUCCCUGUCCCGCUCCAUCUCUCAGUCAUCCACAGACAGCUGCAGCUCCGCGGCAUCGUACACGGAUAGCUCCGACGAUGAGACCUCACCACGGGACAAAACUCAGGUGAACUCCAGGGGCAGCAGCGACUUCUGUGUCAAGAGCAUCAAACAGGCUGAAUUUGGAAGACGUGAGAUUGAGAUCGCAGAACAAGAUAUGUCAGCGCUGAUCUCACUCAGGAAGAGAGCGCAGAGUGAGAAACCGUUGGCAGGUGCCAAAAUUGUGGGCUGCACUCACAUCACGGCCCAGACUGCAGUGCUGAUCGAGACUCUGAUGGCUCUCGGGGCUCAGUGCCGCUGGACUGCAUGUAACAUUUACUCUACACAGAAUGAAGUGGCUUCUGCUCUGUCCGAGAAGGGCGUGGCAGUGUUUGCCUGGAAAGGGGAGUCUGAGGAUGACUUCUGGUGGUGCAUUGACCGCUGUGUCAACACUGAGGGUUGGCAGCCUAACAUGAUCCUUGAUGAUGGAGGAGACUUGACACACUGGAUGUACAAAAAAUACCCCAAUGUGUUCAAGAAGAUCAGGGGCAUUGUAGAGGAGAGUGUCACUGGGGUUCACAGGUUGUAUCAGCUGUCUAAAGCUGGAAAACUGUGCGUACCGGCUAUGAAUGUAAAUGACUCUGUGACAAAGCAGAAGUUUGACAACCUCUACUGCUGCAGAGAGUCAAUCCUGGACGGCUUGAAGAGAACCACAGAUGUCAUGUUUGGAGGCAAACAGGUGGCCGUGUGUGGGUACGGAGAGGUUGGAAAAGGUUGUUGUGCUGCUCUGAAAGCUCUGGGUUCCGUCGUCUGUAUUACAGAGAUUGAUCCCAUAUGUGCCCUGCAGGCCUGCAUGGACGGGUUUAGGGUGGUCCAGCUGAAUGAGGUCAUUCGCCAGGUUGACGUCGUCGUCACAUGCACAGGGAACAAGAAUGUGGUGACCAGAGACCAGCUGGACCGCAUGAAAAAUGGCUCUAUUGUCUGCAACAUGGGCCACUCCAAUACCGAGAUUGAUGUGGCAAGUCUUAGGACUUCCGAGCUGACGUGGGAGAGGGUGCGCUCUCAGGUGGAUCACGUCAUUUGGCCCGAUGGCAAGAGGGUCAUCCUUCUGGCUGAGGGACGUCUCCUCAACCUGAGCUGCUCCACUGUUCCUACCUUCGUCUUGUCCAUCACAGCCACCACUCAGGCCCUGGCCCUCAUAGAGCUGUACAACGCUCCUGAGGGACGAUACAAGCAGGAUGUUUACUUGCUUCCCAAGAAGAUGGAUGAAUAUGUCGCCAGUCUGCAUCUGACCACUUUUGAUGCCCACCUGACAGAGCUUUCUGACGAUCAGGCAAAAUACCUGGGCCUGAAUAAGAACGGCCCUUUUAAACCCAACUACUACAGGUAUUAGUCUGCAAGGGAACCAGAGCUCAGCACACCUAAAUAUGAAGGCUACCAUCACCUAUCCCGAAGAAAAGAGACAGAUUUAUGCAUUCUGUUUUUUGUACUCUUCAUAUGACACACGGCUUAUAUCUAGUUGUAUUUUACCGACCACAUCAGGUUUUGCUUCACUUCAGAACUGCACAUGAGACCCAGCUGGCUCUGAAAAGUCAGCGCAUCUAAAUAUAUAUCACUUACAUCUGCAGUUCAGUAUUUUCUGUUUCUAUUAUUAUUAUUAUUAUUAUUAUUAGUUUCCAAAUCUGCUGGCCCCUCGGUUAUUUUAGAGUUCUGAUAGAUGGUGAGUAAUGGAUCAAUAUAUUGUGCCAAAUGACUGUGACAGGGAAGGGUUAACGUUGUUGAAACCUACUCAAAGCAUUUCUUUUGACAUCAACAUAUUAAAUUCCAACACUUGAAGUUCCAAACCUCUAAAAGUACAGCUCACUGAGCUUUUAGCCGCUGUUAGCUCCUCGUUUAGUCUCUCUCAUCAACCUUUCGCAUUGAACCGUUGGCAGCCAAUAACAAAGUCGAGCUCCGAAUUGUGUUUCUCAGGAGUAGGUGAACAGAAUAAACUUUAAUUUGUCAGGUGACAAGACGCUUGACUCCAAUUAGGUGUCGACGCCUGUCUGCUGGAGGUAUACGUAGGCAAUUAUUUGCUGACAAACGAGCCAUAACAACUUGAUGAUCUGAUUGUCAAUCGGGGCUGUGUUUCUGUGAGUUUGUUUCUGUGCCCCAGUGGUCAGAAAUCACUUGAUGCAGCUUGAAAGCAAUGUGACAGCGUCCACUUACUUCAUACAUUCCGUCCACAACAUAGAGAAUAAAUGUCUUGUUCCCUCGUAUCGUCCACAUUACUGCUAACAAUCAGCGCGUCUGGGCAAAAGAGGACCGUCGGUACAUUUUGACUACGGCAAACAUUAGAAGAGAGCUUGGCAUUUAUUUUCUUGUAAAUAUGUGUCUCAUUUAUGAGGUUUUGGUGUUUGGUUAGAAUAGUAUGUGCACCUCAGGGCAUUCAAGUAUCUCAAAUGUUUGUAAAUAUAUUUUUACCAGAUCAGCACCGUCAUUCUCAUUACAUGAUUAUUUACAGUACAACUGUGCUGGAGAUGUUGAUGCUAAAAUCUAUGUCACCUGUUCAGAGUUAAUUGACCAUUGCAACUAUUUAUAUUCUGGGUAUUCUACAUGUUGAGCAGUGGUACAUCCAGUGUGUUUAUGCAGUAUGUGUUACAGCCUCUGACCAGCCACUCUCAUUAUGGUAUUUGCUGAAGUGCAACAUUGUUAGAUUUGUCGCAGGACCCUGAUCAUGUGUUAACUAGAGGCUGUCUCUUUUUCUGUUGAAGACUUUAACAACAGAAAAGUCAUCUUCAAUCCACAAAUGCCCAGACAUGGACAAGCAUAGCUGUCAGCACAUUUGCCUUGUCACGUGUGUUAGCUUUACCUUCUGUCUUGUAUUGCACCAUUAUUAUAGCUUUUCUAAUAACACAAUAUUUAGUUAAGUUUCAUGAUGCUUUUCAUUGUUCAAAAGGCUAAGCACAGUUUUAAUUCUCUAUAUUUACUUACUAUAUUUACCACAAAUGUGUGGCCACAUUUGUUAACUUAGCUGAGUGAUUCUUUUAUAAUUAAAACUAUAUAGUGUGCAGGUAGUAGCUGUGUCAUGCUGAACUUAUAGCUUUUUGACACAUUUCCACAUGCCGUUUAUCACGCUGGUGGUCUGCGGGCCAAUCUCACUCCAAACUGCUGUCGGUACUACUGUCCCUGCCGAGGGUUCGGCACCCUGUUACCUUUUUUAGGUGUUGUUCCACAUGUGUUUACUCAGUAUCCUGUUUCAUCACCCUUCACCAAACCUCACCCACAGAGUUGCAGAUAAUUCCUUUAUUUCAUACUUGUAUAGUAGCCCACGGGAUGCUCCUAUGAGGUGUUUUCAUCUUUAAAGACAUUCAGUGAUGACCUCAUUGCCAGCGAGAAAAGCACUGUAACCAUGGUUACUGGUCAGUUGACAGUGCCUUGUGACUCACUUGGUAAUUUAUAUUCACAUGUACAACUGAGCUCCUCUCGCAGGAUGGCAAUGUGCCCAACAUGGUUGUUAUUCUGCAAUAUACAGUGAUGGCUAUGCAGCAGAACAUACUCUGUUUUCUUCUGUUCUUUACCUCCAGUGGUGGAGAGCAUCACUCAGCACGUAUGCAGUACUGUAAGAUGACUGACGGUUCUAGACAUUAUUCUGUUGAUGGAUUUUAAUCUUUCAUCCCAGUUUGAUUUCUUGUAACAAUCGGGCAUUUAUAUUGGUUACUUAAAAGAUGCCUUUUAUAUGUUUUAACUAAUAAUCGAGUCAUUUUACCCUAGUUAUGCCUCCAUUAUAGAGACAAAUUAAUGUGUUAUUACAAGAGCAAACAGCUCGACUCUUGUCAAAUUGAAAUAAAUAAGCACCACUGUGAUUUGACUGAUGUACACUGUUAAUUGUUUGAAGUUUUUGACAUGGAGACGAUCGUUAGCUUGAAGGACAUCAUUUCGGCAGUGUAUACACCGUUUUAAACUUCUGUGCACAGAUCCCUUUAAUAAAAUGCUGUUUAAAUUGAAAAA